AUGGUAGGCCGUACAAUGGAAGGCGAUAAGUUCUUGGACGGAUAUGACAAAGAGGAAUAUAUUGUUCCACCUUCGACUCCAGUGCAAUUGAACCGCUUGCCUCCUGACAGUGCUUGUGCGACACCACAUUCCUUUUUGUCAGCACCAUCCGAUGAUGAGCAGAAAUCCGACGAAACUCUACAGAAAUACAUCUGGCCCGGUAAGGCUUCUGGCAAGAACGAGGACAAGGACCAAGAGGAAAGUGCUGGCAGUGAUUUCUCAAUCAGUAACAGACUUCUUAAUUCCCUUGAAAAAUACUAUCCAUACACAUUAGUAAGAAAAGCGAAAUCCACUUGGAUCAUCUCCAAGCACAACAUACUAAUUAGCGCAUUCUCGCUAAGCUUUUUCCCUGAUUGGCUGAGCCGUUUCCAUCGUUCUAAAAGGAUCUUCAGCUGA